AUGACUUUUAUCAAAGAAACUAAAAACACAAGGUUAAUAGAGUCUUAUAUUCAUUGCCAGUUAAGGUACAAACAAGAAGUAUAAGAAAUCCUAUUCUCAAUAGCUGGCUUCUUCAUUAUAUGCUUUCUAUCUCAUCUUAUGUUGUUUUGCAUUAUAAGUAAACGCUUGAAGCUAUAUCUUGUUUUUCUACAAGUUCUCAUCCUUAUUGUCCUGUUUUCUGUUUCUAUCUCUCUGUACAAGUGGACUCACAAGAUGGAAUCAUUUUUUGAGCAGCAGUGUAAUGAUCCUAAUGAAGGAAAUGAUAUUUUAAAGAUUGAUGAACUCUACAACAUGGCUAAUAAGUAUAUAUGUACAGAUGCCUGUCCUUGCAGAGUUGGUAAUAUUUCACAAGGAAAGUAGAAUUUGAACUUAUAAUUAGAUCGAUUCAAGUGGUCGUAUGAAGAUCAACAAACUAUAAUAAGCCAUAUCAAUGGAGUGACAAAAUUUGAGUAGUGUUUAAUGAGAACUCAAAUGAAGAACAAAGAGGAAAUAUCAAGAAAUCUAGAAUUAUUGCAAAUUUUGGAGUAAGAGUACCAUUGUGCUGCGAUGUGUAGGGUCUCACCCUUUUUCGCUUUCAGUGAUGUUAGAAAGUAAUAUUUUGGAUUAUAAAUUUAAACAGAGGACCACCGGGACAAGAUUGCAAAGGAUCGAUUAGCAAUUAUUUCAAGAGUAAAUCUCCUUAUUUGA